UCCCUUCCCUCACUCUCUCUUUCUCUCCCUCUCUCUCUCUCUCUUUCUCUCUCUCUCUCUCUCUAUCUCUAAGACACACACAGCCUCUCUUUCUCCCUUUCUCUAGAAACAAACAUGGAAAUGAAGAAAGUCGUCGUUCUAGCAUUUAUCCGCGCCAUUAUCGCCGCUGUCAGAGGUCAAGCCCCUGCUUCACCGACGAUUGCGCCUCCUUCGAUUAUCACAAUGCCUACUGCUUCACCAACCGUAGCACUGCCGAUGAAGUCUCCAGUUUCUGCUCCUCUGAUGGUUUCUCUUCCUACACCAGUUAGUUCACCACCUGCUGCGGUGUCAGUGAAUUCUCGUCCUGCUGCGGUGCCAGUGAGUUCUCCUCCAACGAUUGAAUAUCCACUGGUUCCUGAACCAGUAAUCUCUCCUGCACCAGAGAUUUCUUCUACACCUGAAGCUUCUCCUCCGGCUCGAGCAAGACAAAGACGAAGAAGAAUGUUCCAUCGCUAUCGCCUACCGGGGCACUUUCUCCUGGCUUUCCGGUGAGAUACCAUAAGAGAUUGGGAAUCUAACUGGUUUGAAUGUUCUGAAGCUUCAAAGAACAAUAUCUCUGGGGAAAUUCCUUGAACACUUGGUGUGUGUAAGAAUUUGUUCGAGCUUAGGCUAUCGGAGAACUCGUUCACAGAGCAAUUAGAGAAGAUGUCAUAGGAAAUGAGAUUUCGAAGUUAUGGAAAGCAAAAGAUAGAUGGAGAUGAGGUAAACGAGAAGGAUCGAUGAAGAUCAGUAGAUUAAUGACGUGGCUAACAAAUAAUAAAGACAAAUUAAUUAUUAAAUGUCACAUCAGUUUUGUGACCUGGUAACCGGUUCAUUUUGACAAAAAUGACUUAAUUGUUAUGUCAAAUACGUGUUUAGUGGUCUAAUGCGCAAGAAAAUUAUUUUAGUGACCAAA